CAGGCAGCAGGGACGCACACGCCGGCGAUGCUGCCCGAGAUCGUCGCCCGGCUCGUCCAGCCGAGCCCCGACGGGGUGGUGGUGGACGCGACGUACGGCCGCGGCGGCCACACGCGUGGCAUGAUCGCCGCGCUCUCGGCCCGCGGCGUCUGCCACGCCUUCGACAUGGAUGCGGAGGCGGUGACGGACGGCAAGGCGCUCGCGGCAGAGGAGCGCCGCUUCACCAUUCACCACGCCCCCUUCUCUCGGAUGGCGGCGACGCUGCCUCACCUCGCCGAGACGCCUUCCGGCGGCGGCGGCGGCGUGGCAGCGAUCCUCUUUGACCUCGGCAUCUCGUCGCCGCAGUUCGACGAGGCGCACCGAGGCUUCCGGCCGGAGGCGGACGGGCCUCUCGACCUGCGCUUCGACCAGUCGCGCGGACAGACGGCCCACGAGUUCCUCUCCACCGCGCCGCGCGCAGAGAUCACGCGUGUCCUCCGCAGCUUCGGCGAGACGUCCGACGGCGCCGCCGCGCAGCGCGUGGCCGACGCCAUCAUCCUUCCGAGACGCUCCCGAGACGCUCCCGAGACGCUCCCGAGACGCUCCCGAUGCGUCCUCGCGGCGCCUCCCCCGCCCCGGCAGCCACACUUUGCCGCUGCUCCCCGCCAGGCGCUGCGCGUGCACCUCAACGACGAGUUCGGAGAGUGCUCCCGCGGCCUCGAGGCUGCACGCUCCCUCCUCUCGCCCGGCGGCCGGAUCGGAGUCAUCACC